AUGUCAAUUUGUUACUCUCCUGAUGGUACUAUAUUAGCAUCUGGUGGUUAUUAAGUAAUUCGUUUAUGGGAUGUUAAGACAGGAUAAGAAAAAGCCAAAUUAGAUGGUCAUUCAGAUAGUGUUAUUUCAAUUUGUUACUCUCCUGAUGGUACUACAUUAGCAUCUGGUAGUUAUGAUUAGUCUAUCCGUUUAUGGGAUGUAAAAACAUCAAAGGAAACACUUCAAUCAGAUAGUAGCUAUAAAGAUUUGCUUGCCUAGUUUAACCUACCUCUUCAGAAUAGCUCCUUAUUGCCAAAUGGUAUUUAUUAUUAAUUAUUAUUAGUUAAUCCUUAUUGUACAAUACUUAGAAUAUGCUAGAAUCCUUUGUUUCAAGCAUCAGGAACACUUAUUUUAUAAGGACAAUUCAUGAAUUAUGAAGGGAUAGAUUUAAAACAUUGUUCAAAUUCAUAGGAAGUUGCUUUUUAGAAGACUUAAGCAAAAGUGAAUUUGAUUAUUCAUUUAAAAAAUUACAAUUACAAUUUUAAUCAUUUUCUUAAAACUUUAGAUUUUAGUUUCAAUUCUUGA